AUGGGCACGGGCACCAACGUCGACGUCAUUGUGCCGCACACUGAAAUUCAGCCCGACAGCGGCGACGCAGAAGCAGGUGGCGGCAUUCCCAUGUGCACGCUGCGCAACUUCCCGCACCUCAUUGACCACUGUAUCGAGUGGGCGCGGGCCAAGGUCACGGACCUGUUUGUGAGCCCUGCGUCGCAGCUGCAGCAGUUCUUGGAGGAUCCUGAGGGAUUCACCUCGGGGCUGGAGACGAAGUUUGAGCAGCACGAGCGGAUUGGCGCCCUCGAACGCGGCGUGGACACGCUCAAGGCCAUCAAGGACCUCGCCGCACAGCUGCAAGAGAAGCCGACGAUGGAGACGUGUGUGUCGCUGGCGUGGCGCGACUUCCACGCGUUUUCCCGCGACGUCAUUCUGGACCUCAUCGCCACUUUCCCCGCAGGCGCAAAGACCAAGAGUGGAGAGCCCUUCUGGUCAGGCGCGCGCGCGCGCGCGUGCCACAAGAUCUUCCCCGAGGUGCUCGAGUUUGAUCCGCAGAAUCCGUUGCACAAGGAGUUUCUGAUUGCCGCCGCCAACCUCUACGCAUGCGUCUUCAAGGUACACCCGACCAAGUACCCGAGCGAGGAGAACAAGCUCCACAUGAAGCGGCCUCCUGGCAGCUGUCCUUCUGCUUCUUCUGAGCAGGGCGGCUACUCCUACGUCAACGCCAGUCCCGAUGGCCGCCUGCUGGUAGCUGAGUUGUUUGUGUGGGACAUGCACAGGCUGACAUGCAAGCAGCGCGUGCCCGUCACAGCAACCGACAUGGUGUGGACCAAGGACGGCAAGCACCUCAUCGGCCCCUCUUAUUCCCGCGUGUACAUCUGUGGCCUCGGUGUCCGGGAGGCUGAACGCACAGUCAUCUACGAGAAGCCUUUCCCUGGCGCUGAGCUUGCAUGCGCCGCCGCGUCCGAUGGCGUCAUCGAGAGGUGGCAGAAGCUUGGUCAGCCAUCGACCCUACUUGCAGAGUGGAGGGCCGAUGCUGUCGAUAAUGGCGAGGAGACGAUACAAGACGUGGGCGGAGAAGAAGCGAGAGGGGAAGUAGAGUCGGAACCGGCGAUGCUUGCAGACAGCAGCAACAAGCUUGCUAGCGCGUGCGGAAACACAGUGCACGUCUGUGCCAUUGACCACCACCAGCAUGACCAGCAGGAUCACCAGCAACAGCAACAGCAGCAGGAGCGGCAGCACAAGCUCAAAGUGAGCAGAAACGCUCCGGUCAAGUUCGGCAUCUUUGCCCGUCACAGCAGCGUCUUGUUGGUCAACUCUGUUGAGAGCUUGAUCAAGUGCGACUACAGCACACCACCAUACUGCAUCGCAAUGACAGAGCAGAUGACAUGGUCACAGCAGUUUGACCUGUGCCAUCUCCGCCCAACGACAGACCCCAGAUGCCGCUCCUACGCCAUUGUGCCCGUUGUUGUUCCACCAGCAACACCUCCCGCAGAUGCGCACAAGCUUGACGACUACGAUGUCACUGCAUUGCCGUACCUGACAUCAUCUGCCAAGCAUCUUGACAUGGCAAAGAAGAUGAUGGAGGCUGCAGUGUUGUCUUCUUUUGUCCUGGACUGCCCAAUCCAUCUGGCAUAA